AUGGCACGGGCAGCCCUGGAAAAGUCUGCUAAAGUGAAACACAGGGCCCGGGCAGCGGUUCGCCGGGUGACGUCAACGACAGAGGAGUGGCCAACGACAGCGGCUGGCCAGGCGGGACUGCAGGAAGACGACGACGUAGGCUUCGAAGCGCCUCGAGAAAAGGUUUCCGAGGAAAGCGGCCGAACCGAAUGCAACAGCUCCCUGUGCCGACAACUGAAGGACUGGUUCGUCGAAACGGUUGUCAGCCAGGCGGACCCUUGCAACGAGCGGAACACGUUCGUUUGUGGCUCUUCGGUCACGUUUCCCAGCUUCCAUUCGGACUCUGCUGAGCGCUCGGUGAUCACGGAAGGAAGCAGGCAAAACGACUCUGCCCACGAACAGGAGAACUACGGGCCCGUCGGGGCAGAUGGCGAUGAACUCAUGAAGUCCUGCGUAGAGUACUCGCGGAAUCCGAACGAGGGCGUGCGGGACGUCCUCUCUUUCCUCUCGCGAUUCAACCUCGACCUACGUCACAUGGCGGACGACCCGUCGGAGGAUCCCUUGCAACGCAUGAUGGAGCUCUCCUUCGAGUACGGUGUCGACGCACCGGUGUCCUUCUCCCGCAAGUACGACGUCAUCGGCGACCCAUCGGCGCCGUUUGUGGUCGAUAUCACGCUAAACCCGGAAGUGAAUGAAUUCAUCACCUCCUCACGAGCAAUGGGACAAGAUGAUAUCGAAAAGUUCUACCGGUCCUUCCUCCACCAAUACGCUCUCGUGGAAAACAAUACCAUAACAGAGCAGCUCGUGGAUUCCGAUGAUGAAAUUUCAGAGUUUGUGAACGAAACGGAGGAAUCCACUGAGCCUGUCAAAAUGAGCAUCGCAAGCCUGUCCGACAGCACCGGCGUCACAUCAGAUCGGUGGAAAGAGCUGCUGUCCCUGUUCGGAGGUUCGAAGCACGCUUCCUACGAGCACGUCACUGCGGACGAGCAAGCACUGGCCAUGGUGGCCUACUUGUCGCGGCCUGGCGACAGGCUGAGCAAGCGGCUCGUGUUGGCCUGGCACGUUCUUCGCUACCUGGUGGGACCCAAGGCGGACGUCCUGGCGGCUCUCAACAGGACACGCGCGAACGAGGAACUCCCGGAGGACAAUGUGGCCAUGCCAACGCCGGAGGAUAAGUGCCAGCGUCUGGUGGAGAAAGUCAGUGGUGUGCCGUACAGGGCUCUCGACAUGCUUGAAGGCCAGAACGUCGUGUCCACUGAGACCAUCUCGGACGUGACGCGAUUCAUGGCGGAGUUCCAGGACGCAGCGGCCUUCGUCUUCACGGACGGAGCAAAGAUCGGCGACGUCAUGGCAACCAUCGGAACCUCGUCGGCACAAAGUUCAACGGCUUCCGUAAAGCAACGAGUCGCAUUGUUCCCGAAGUCGGUGGUAGAGGGCUCUGAUGCCGAACACCUGUUCAUGGCGCUCGGGGAUGUCAGGACGAGCACUGCCGGGACUCCAGAGCAAGGCGACGCUGCGACGGCCCGCAGCUUCCCGCAGCUCUGGCUGCGACGUCUCCGAGCGUGGCAUGCCCUCCCGCCGCUGGCGCAGGCAAUGCUCCCAGCAAUGGCGUCGGUGGUCAACGUGGACUCGCCGGCGGCCUUCUUCCGGCCCCCUUACUACGACGCCAGAGCCCCGCCGGCGUACAACUUCGCCGCACUCGGACAGGUCAUCGCGCAAGCCAUGGCGCACGAACUCAUCGAACGGCAACGCGCUGAUCCAGCCAUCGACGAGCGCUGGCGGCGCUUCUGGGGUGGAGGUGGUGACCACGUGAACGGCGGCAGCAUGUAUUGCCUCUACGCCGGCUACAAUAAGAGUGGCACUUGGCGGCAGAGCAGGCUCAACGAAAGUGACCUCACCAACGGAGUGCGCCUUGACGAGGUCCUGGGCUCCAGGAUAGCCUACCUGGUGUUCCAGAGAGCGCGGCACUCCAAAGCUACCGAGAGCGGCCAGACGAGGGCGCUGCCGGGUGUGCGGCUCUCGAGCAAGCAGCUAUUUUUCGUCAUGCAUUGCGCAUUGAGCUGCGCCAUGGGCGGCGACCACGGUCCAGCCAUCAGUCCGGCUGACCGGAGCUGUAUGGUCGUGUACAGGACGCGAAAACGCUUCAUUGACACUCCCUGCGGGCAGGCCUCCUCCAGCGAGAGUGUACCCAACGAAUGCCGCUACUUAUAA